UUCUUUGUCUGAAUGGCAAGAAUAAUAGAGCCUCUCAUUGUUGGGAGAGUGAUAGGAGAUGUUGUUGAUUAUUUCACACCAGAAGUAAAAAUGUGUGUCACUUACAAUAACAGGCAAGUUUGCAAUGGAUAUGAGCUCUAUCCAUCCACAGCUGUUGCCAAACCUAAGGUUGAGGUCCAGGGAGGUGACAUGAGAUCUUUCUUUACACUGGUUAUGACAGACCCAGAUGUUCCUGGUCCUAGUGAUCCUUAUUUGAGGGAGCAUUUGCACUGGGUAGUGAGCAACAUCCCAGGGACAACAGAUGCUACAUUUGGAAGGGAGGUGGUGAGCUAUGAAAUUCCAAGGCCUAACAUAGGGAUUCACAGGUUUGUGUAUCUACUAUUCAGGCAAAAAAGAAGACAGACAAUCAAUCCACCUGCUUCAAGGGAUAAUUUCAGCACUAGAAACUUUGCAGCUGAAAAUGAUCUUGGUCCUCCGGUUGCUGCUGUUUACUUCAAUGCUCAAAGAGAAACUGCUGCAAGAAGACGCUAAGUACUUCUGCUGCUCAUCAUCAUAAUUAAAUAAUAUAAAAGUAUUUUUCAUUUCCAACCAUCAUCUUGCAGCAGAAAUAUGUAUAAUCUAUAACCUAUCUUUAUCUGUCAAUUGUCUUUUGGUGUCUGUGUUAAACGCCGCUUUGAAAAUUUGGUAAUUUAUAGAUAAUAUUAAUGGACAGGGCCUUAAAUGAUUUGAUUG